AUGAAUAUUCAUCUUCCCUGGCUCUUGAUGACAUUCUUGAUGAAUUUCCUGACUGAAACUGCCCUUCAGAAACCAACUUGGGGCUUUAUUUAUGCUUCUUAUGAAAUAACCAUUCCAAGGUCGUUAACUUUCAAAUUUGGACAACAGAAAUCCAAGAAUGUGACCUAUUUGUUUCAAAUUGAAGGGAGGAAAUUUGUAAUGCACCUUAGGCAGAAAAGAGGCUUACUCCCCAAGCAUCUGCCCAUCUUCACUUAUAGUAAGGAUGGGGAUCUCCAGCUAGAUUAUCCAUUCUUCAGAGAUGACUGUUACUACGCUGGCAUUGUAGAGGGUGAGCCCUUCUCUCUGGCCAUCAUCAGCACUUGCUCUGGAGGACUCAGGGGCCUACUGCAAUUUAAAGAUAAGAUUUAUGAAAUAGAGCCACUUCCAGAAUCCGUUACAUUUCAACAUGUAGUCUUUCGAUUAGAACAAAAGGUGGGAGUCAUUCCAAUGAUGUGUGGCCUAACACAGGAAGAGCAAAGACAUCAAGAAGCCAUGAUCCAAAAUCCUGACAAAAAACCAGACAAAAAACGUGUAUCUAAAGCAAACUGGUGGUCACACGAGAGGUAUGCCGAGAUUGCUAUUGUGAUUGAUCAUGAACGGUUUUUGAAAUUUGGCAAAAAUGAAACUCUUACUGCUUUAAAUGUUUUGGAUAUCUUCUACAUUGCAAACAUACUGUAUGAGCCUCUUUCUGUUCAUUUAUCUAUUGCUGGACUAGAAAUAUGGUCAGAAAGAAAUCUUAUAUCAAUUCAUGAUGACAUCUUUAAAACCCUUGAAGAAUUCACUAAUUGGAGAAGAGACUCAUUACUUGCUCGUUUACCAAAUGAUGCUGGUCACUUAUUUAUAUUUAAGAAUUUCAAUCGUAUAGUAGGAUUAACAUACUUAGGAAAGAUUUGUGAUGAUGACAGUGGAUCAGCUGUUGAAUCAUAUGUUACAUCCAGUUUGUACCGUAUUUCUAACACAUUUAUCCAUGAACUAGGACAUAAUCUUGGCAUGCAACAUGAUACACAAUACUGUGUGUGUGAACGAGCAAAAUGCAUUAUGGCCCCAGUACAAGUAUUAACCGAUAAGUUUAGCAACUGCAGUUAUAUAGAUUACUUCAAUAAAAGAAAUUUGAACUGUUUGUUAAUUCCACCAGACCCUAACAAAAUAUUUAAAUUUAAAUUCUGCGGCAACAAAGUAGUAGAUAAUGGAGAGCAAUGUGACUGUGGUACCAAAGCUGAAUGCAAGUUGGAUCCAUGUUGUCAAUCUAACUGUAAGUUACAUUUAGGGGCCACUUGUGCUUUUGGACAGUGUUGUUCCAAUUGUCAGUAUGAAGUUACUGGAACAGUCUGCCGAAAUAAGAGAAGCAGUUGUGAUCUCCCCGAGUAUUGUAAUGGAGUUUCUGAGAGGUGUCCUGAAGAUUUUUAUGUACAAGAUGGUGCCCCAUGCAAUGAUGGGGCAUAUUGUUAUAAUGGGAAUUGCAAUACUCAUGAUAGACAAUGCAAAGCAAUCUUUGGCAGCAAAGCAACAGUUGCUUCAGAAGUUUGCUUUAGAGAAAUGAAUACUCAAGGCGAUCGGUUUGGCAACUGUGGCCUUAUACAUGGAAUUUAUAACAAAUGUAUGCCUAAGAAUAUCCUAUGCGGUCGAAUCCAGUGUGAAAAUGUGGAAAGCUUGCCUUCUUUGGAGAACCACACCACCAUAGUUCAAACAUCUAAGGGCAAUAAACAAUGCUGGGGAACUGAUUACCACAGUGGGAUGAAGAUCAUCGAUAUUGGAGCAGUGAGAGAUGGCACUCCUUGUGGCAAUGGCAUGAUGUGUAUUAACAGGGCGUGUGUUAAUGUGUCCCUCUUGAGAUACGAUUGUGAUGUCAAAAAGUGCCAUAAUCAUGGCAUAUGCAACAAUUUCAAGCAUUGUCACUGUGAGCAAGGCUGGGCUCCCCCAGACUGCCAAGAGGAAGGCAAUGGUGGCAGUAUUGACAGUGGCCCACCACCUCUGUAUGUACCCGAGAGACUUCCUCCCAAAAUGAAAAUUAUCUUAGCAAUUGUAUUUCCUCUUUGUGCACUUGUCCUUUCUGGUGCCUGUUUUAGGAACCAAAUUGUACAUAGAAUUAUGGAGCCUGAGGGAAGAUUUAGACAGCAGGAAUGA